AUGACUUUGACUUUAUUUAGUCUCUUUCGUGAUUAAAUUAGCUUUGCAAAUAUUAAAAAUGGGAAAACUAUCAAAAAUAAUGUUAAUAUCACUAAGCUUAAAUAUUAUAUUUUUUUGAGUUCUGAAGAGUUUCCACAUUCCAAGCUUAGGUCAAUAAGAGAAUAAUAUUUAUCCUUGUCAAGUUUUAGACAAAAGAAACUACUAAGCGUUUUUCCUAAUAGAAUUGAGUAAAAUACUAUCAUAAACAUGUAUAUUAAAGUGAGGAUAGAAGCAUAUAAACUUCUUCUGAAUAGCUUCCUUUUUAAAAUAAAUAUACAAAUUGACACAAGAAUUGUUAAUGAGCAAAUAAAUAUUGGGAUCAUAAACGUUAAAAGAAGUUCAGUGUAUCCUAUGUUAGUUGAUUCAGGUUUAUACUGA